AUGCAGUGGUUCGAUGAGAGAGUACUUUUUAAGGUGGUCAUGGAAUACCAAUGGGAAGAGGUUGUAGACAUAAUCAAGGAACACUCGCCAUGUGCCUCAGUCAGGAUCACUACUUCAAAGGACACGGCAUUGCACCUAGCCGUCUCAGAUGGCCGUGAAGAAAUACUUGAACAUCUUGUUCAAGUGCUGGGUGACAAGGCCAAGGAUGCUCUGAAAAUUAAGAACGACCAUGGCAACACUCCUCUCCAUUUAGCUGCGGCCUUGGGAAAUAAGCGCAUGUGCCAAUGCAUAACUGACGUGAAUAAAGAUCUUGUGGGCCAGCGCAAUGAUGAUGGGCAUACACCCCUCUUCUUGACCGCUCUCUAUGGCAAAGUGGACGCUUUCACUUUCUUCUGUCAAAUCUGCCUUCCCAAAGGCAUCCAGGAGUACUAUAGAGGAGCGCGUGGUGAAUCCAUCCUCCACACUGCCAUUAAUGGAGAACACUUUAAAUUGGCAUUAUUGAUAUUGAACAACUAUGAAGAGCUUAUGUUCACUAAGGACGAAAAAGGAAUGACCCCUCUCCAUCUCCUGGCCCGUAAGCCUUUAGUAUUCAGAAGUUUUACUUACUUCUGCCGGCUGGAAAAUAUUGUUUAUUCUUGCAAACUGGUUUCUAAUUCUAGAGCUAAUGGAGAAAAUGCAAAAAACUCUGGUCAACGGGGGAAUGCAGAGACGGGAUUGGCGGGGAACGCAAGAGAACUGCCUCCAGGAUACAAAGACAUACAGAAGAUUAAGCACAUAAAAGAGAAGCACGUAUGGUCUCUUCAGAUCGUCAAAAAAAUGCUUGACACUGCCGGAAAUUCCGGGGAUGAUGCUGCUGGAAGGUUCGGAAAAUCCAAUCAAGAAACUUCUGAUAUGGACCUUAUCCAUGAACCUUCUCUAGAAGAAACUAAACAAUCAGAGAUGAGGCAAGUAUGGUCUCUUCAGAUAGUCAAAAAAAUGCUUAACAGUGCUGGAAAUUCCGGGAAUGAUGCUGCUGGAAGGUUCGGAAAAUCCAAUCAAGAAACUUUUGAUAUGGACCUUAUCCAUGAACCUUCUCUAGAAGAAACUAAACAAUCAGAUAUGAGGCAAGUAUGGUCUCUUCAGAUAGUCAAAAAAAUGCUUAACAGUGCUGGGAAUUCCGGGAAUGAUGCUGCUGGAAGGUUCGGAAAAUCCAAUCAAGAAACUUUUGAUAUGGACCUUAUCCAUGAACUUCCACCAGAGGAAACUAAACAACCAGAGAUGGACAGAACUGAGACGCCAAUACUAACUGCAGCAAGCAAUGGUAUCAUAGAAAUGGUGGAGCUCAUCCUCAACCGUUUUCCAACUGCCAUUUAUGACAAGAACUCAAAGAAGAAGAACAUAGUGCUGUUGGCAGCGGAGAAUAGACAACCCCAUUUGUUUGAUCUCUUGAAACAUAAAAAAAUCAAUGAAACUGUAUUUCACGCGGUGGAUAGUGAUGGAAACAGUGCCUUGCACCUGGCUGCAAAUUACAAUCAAUCUCUGAAUCCUUGGACUAUUCCUGGUACUGCAUUGCAAAUGCAAUGGGAAAUCAAGUGGUACGAGGUAUGA